AGAAAAUGACACGACUUCAGUAGUUGCACAAGUCGAUACGGUUAUUGAAACAAUGGAAUCACAGAAUUUGUCAAUAGAGGAAGUUGAGAUUGAUUUCCUGGGAAAAUUUAAGAAAAUUUUAUUCACCUUAUGGAAAAAUGUUGUGGGGAUUAAAACACAUAAUGAAGAGAAUGUAACACAAAAUUAUCGUGGAGAUCGAGUUGAACGAGUCAGGUUAUAUCACGUUUGGCCAGGAAACAAUGUAUUUUUCCUCAAAGGGUUACUGAUAUGUGGGCCAGAUCCAAGAGGUUUGCUCUUGACUAUUGUCUCUAUUAGCCUCUCAAGUUGGGUUUUUGCUGUUUAUGUUGCAAGGGAUAUAUCAAAACACUCGAGCAUCAAAGUCAGUUUCUGUGUGCUAUUGACCUUAAUUGUUCUUGCCAACUUAAUAAUGGUUAGCGUCAUUGAUCCUGGCAUUAUUCCGAGAAAUAAUGAAUCACCAGCCACUGAGUCGACGGGAAAUGGUAGAAUUAGAAGCAAAAGAGUUGCCAUAAAUGAGGUGGAAAUGAAAUUGAAAUACUGCCGUAUUUGUAACAUACAUCGUCCGCCUAGGAGUUGCCAUUGCGUUAUUUGUGACAAUUGCGUUGAGAAAUUUGACCACCAUUGCCCUUGGAUUGGUCAAUGCAUUGGACUGGUUUGUACAAUUACAAAGAAAUCAGCAAUAUUCCUUGAGCCUAUGACAGAAGAUAAAUUAAUAGCAUGUAUUUAUUUCGAUUUGUGCAGAGGAAUUAUCGACUUUAUGUAUUGCUAUUGGUUAUGGCAACUGUUUACUUCGUCUACAUAUUUGCUUUCUCAUGCAAAAAGAUUCAACAUAAGAAUUCUGGCAAUGGCAUGGGAUUCAUUGGUUUGGUAAAAGAUUGCCCGGAGACAUUGGCAUUGACAUGUUUCAGUUUUGCUGCUGCGUUUUUUGUUGGUGGAUUGACUGCUUACCAUGUGUAUUUGAUUGCUACA